UCGAAAACAGAAUUAACAAAUAAUAUUCAUACGCUAUGGACAGGCAAAAACCCACAGAUAGGCAAAGAUGUCUCAGAAUCUCUCGUUUCCCUCUCAUUCUUCCUUAUAAAUCCCUAUUCCUUCAUUUCUUUUGCAAAAUCAAAUCUCUCACUUUCUUGACAAAUCAUAAGCAUAUUAUCUCUCUCUUGAGCUCUCUCGUUUACAGAUCUUUGAUUGAUAUGGCGGACGUUAUGCGUCCGGAAAAGUUGGACAUGUCCAACGACACUUCUUCCUUAGGAUCACCUGAGCUUCUUCAUGUUCUGGCCGUAGACGAUAGCAUCGUUGAUCGAAAAUUCAUAGAGCGGUUGCUCAGAGUCUCGUCUUGUAAAGUUACUGUUGUCGAUAGCGCGACAAGAGCUUUGCAAUACCUUGGACUAGAUGGAAACCAUAGUUCUGUUGGAUUUGAGGAUCUGAAGAUUAAUCUGAUAAUGACGGAUUACUCUAUGCCUGGUAUGACUGGAUAUGAACUAAUGAAGAAGAUUAAAGAAUCAUCAGCUUUCAGAGAAAUACCCGUUGUAAUUAUGUCGUCAGAGAAUAUCUUGCCUCGUAUUGAUAGAUGUCUUGAAGAAGGUGCUGAAGAUUUCUUAUUGAAGCCUGUCAAACUGGCUGAUGUGAAGAGAUUAAGAGAUUCGUUACUGAAAGCUGACGAAAUGGCUUUCAAGAAUAUUAUGCACAAAAGAGAGCUACAAGCUAAUGAUAUCUACUCGCAGCUAAAACGCGCAAAGAUCUGAGUCAUUUUGUUUUUCAUAUUUCAUGAUAUGAUCCUAAAAGCUCCAAGAUUCACACAAGCAUGGCAUGAUUCUUUCGGCUUACAAUUUUUGAGAACUCAACAGCCUUUUUUGCCGAUGGAAUCAGUGACGACGGAGGAGAGGGAGA